AUGGCCAGCUUGGAACAUUCUUCGGCCGUCAAACAUCGACAAAUAUUCGCGAUGGACUUUUCCCACGAUGGCUACACAACAGCCGAUAUCGACUAUUUUUGGGGUCGACAUAGGACCGACACACGUCAAGGUGCUGUGGCAUUCGAUAAGUUCAUGCUACCACAAUUCAAACAGACCGGUUAUAAUGUGAAUAUCACGAAAGCGGUCACAUCAUCAGGUGAAUAUGUUCGGUUAUAUUUUGAAGUUCUUCUUGUCAGAAAUAUGGGUUUCUAUUCGAUGAAUAUUGUCAUUCCAUCUAUGCUCAUUGUCACUAUUUCAUGGGUAUCAUUUUGGUUGAAUCGAGAAGCUUCACCGGCACGUGUUGGUCUCGGUGUCACUACUGUACUUACCAUGACCACACUUAUCACGACCACCAAUGUAAGCGACUUUACUAAAAAAAAAAAGCGUUUAAAAGAAACAAACAUAUUAGGAGGAAAAACGGAACAGAAAGAAAGUAAAGGCAGAAGACUACUCUUUUUACAGAAUUCGAUGCCAAAAGUCAGCUACAUUAAGGGAUUGGAUGUCUUUCUGAAUUUUUGUUUUGUCAUGGUAUUUGCGUCUUUGGUCGAAUAUGCUGUCGUUUCCUAUAUGAAUAAGCGAAUUGCUUUGCGUCGAGAGAAACGACGACGUCAAGCUGAGCAACAACAGCGCACUGAGAUGCCGAUGUUCAGUAACGCGCCAUUCCCCAAACCGACUAGUAAUGCUUAUGAGAUGGCUGUGAUCUCGCAGAAUUCAACGCCAUCCAAAAGCUACGCGCCACAUGCUUCAAAAACCUGUCGAAAUGUGACACCAGCAAAAAUCGACAAAUGUAGUCGGUAUUUGUUUCCGUUGCUCUUCUCUGGUUUCAAUGGUUCGUACUCCCGUCUUCUUCUCUUGUUCAUUUUUGAUCGAGAAAGUGGCUUCUACAUGCUACAGAUAUUCGUGCCAGCGGCAUUGGUUGUCGUAAUCUCGUGGGUGUCGUUCUGGAUCUCUCGUGACUCGGCUCCUUCAAGAACCAUUAUCGGCGUGAUGACCGUGCUCACAGAGACACACUUAAUGACCGGUACGAAUCGACGUCUUCCGCCUGUCGCCUAUGUGAAGGCUGUAGAUGUCUACCUUGGAUUCUGCUAUUUACUGGUCGUCUUUGCUUUAAUCGAGUACGCUUGUGUUGCCUAUUCAAAGAAGAAGAAUGAGGAUCGUCGUCGUCGUGAGAAGAAAACCGAGCAGAAGCUAAUGCCAACAACUCCAGACUUACUUCAUGAUGUUCGUCUAGCAGAAUGCACAUGUAAUGCGGAACAUGCGUCGAUCAUCACCGUCAUCAAGCAACCGAACCGUUUCUGUGUUCGUCACUCCCAGAUCGACAUCGUCAGUCGAGUCGUAUUUCCCACUGCAGUAUGUUCUGUCACCCAUUGA